AUGGCUGGCGGUGCGACGUUGGAUGACGACGUUUAUUCGCGGGUGUACGCCGCCUUUUUCCCAUCUGGCAUCGAGGAUGUCGUGCUCGCGGCCGUCACUCGGCUCGCCAUCCAGUAUCACCUAAAGGUAGAGUCCUGCCAGUACGAUGAUGCCGGAGUACCCCCCGAAUCGUCUGUUGUCGGUACUGCGCCAGAUCCAGCGGAGAUCGCGAGGACAGCCACUCCACGGGGUCUCCUGCUCUUCACACUUCGACAGGCCAAAACGGCAGACGACGAAAACGUAUCUGACAAGUGUUUCUGCGAGGCUCGUGCGGAUGCGGCCGCGCAACUGUGUGGGUUCCUCGCAGCGGCCUGCACGUUGCGUGUGAUUGAGCGAUUGGGUCUCCAUCUGUGGACAAUCCCCAUCACAGGGCACAGCAACGAUGCCACACUGGCGGCGAUGCACCGCACCAUUGAAACGAAGGCGGCCUAUACCAACCACUGCGUCGUGCAGGUGAUGAGCAACGUACGUGAGAGCUGGGGAGCGUUGCGACGCACCGGAAGCUCUCUGCUGCCGCGGGCUGCGCUCCUGUGGGGCCCACAGUUUUUUCAGCCUCUCACCAAUGCCGACGUCGCCUUUCGUGUAAACUGCGAGCGUCGCGUGAUGGACGACUGUCCUGGCUCGCUGAAAUCCGUAGAGCUGGCCGCCGCCGCGGGCGACUCUCUUUGGGAGCUGCACAAUCCUCCUCAUCACUGGGAGGUCAGCAUGCUGUAUUACAACGUGGAGUUUUUCAUCUUGCAGGACAACGAUCACUGGCUGACGUGUGCCGUCACGUUAAGUCCUCCUGCACCGCCUCGCUGCGGCUACGACAUCGACGUCACCUUCCAGUACGCCGCGGAGCUGUUGAGGCAGCGCAUUGGUGUGGCCCUGCGACGUGGCGAGGUCACGCUGGACCAAGUGAAGGGUCUCGUGCCGCGCGCGUCGGCCGAUCGGCAGGAAAUACGCUGGUCGAAAGGCGCGUGUGCGAUGCGGUCGACCGUUGCGAGUGCGCUGUGCGUGUACGCUGGCCUGGAAGACGCGGCAAACUUCUCCGCCUGUCCCGUGCUUCUGUUAGACCCCUUCUGUGGCAGCGGGACGACGUUGUUGGAGGGGUGGAUGCACCUGCUUCAGCGCACCCCAGGCGGCGACACGCAUCGUGGUGGCGUGGUAAUGGGCAGCGAGCUGGUCGCCUCCGAUGUCCAGCGGACGUUGUUGAACACGCGUGAGGACUACCUCGCCUGGGUGGCGGCCUUGUACGGCCACUUCCCCGUACAGCAGGCAGGGCAGGCGGAAGAAAAACCACAGUGGUGGGCCGUGAUGGAGGAGAAGGUCAACGUGUGGCGUGCCGCGGUAGAAGACCGUGUUGCGGAGGUUGCCUGUCGCGGCAGCUAUCUUACCUGUGGCGCCGAUGGCCUCCGCGAGCUGCUAAGCUGCGCUAUUUCCUCACCCAUUGAUGCGGACCGCAUGACACGGCCCAGCGCCAUUCUCUGUGAGAGGACAGUGCCACGUGGUGGCAGCGCGUUUGCGGUGCUACGCUGUGAUGCGACGCGCGUGCCGGUGCGGGCGGGGUCGGUGGAGUGCGUGGUAUCGGAUAUGCCUUUUGGGCGGCGGUGCGGCUCGCACAAGGGGAACGUGCGUCUUUACCCUCCCUUCUUGCGCGAGUGCCACCGCCUCCUUCGAUCUCCGUCACCGCAGCCCCCUACAGCGGUUGUGCACGACGCCCACACGUGUGCCACGGUGGAGUGGUGGCGGUGCUCCUCUGGGGGGAAAUGUACCGCACCCGUACGUAGCGUUGGCGGUCGUGCGGUGCUGCUUACGGUCGAGCAUCGGCUAAUGGUGGAAACACUGGAGCAGCUGCGAGAUGAGUGCCCCUUCCACCUCGUCACGUCGCCGUUCCAGGUGGACUUGGGUGGGCUUUUCCCCUUCGUCUUCGUCCUUGAUAAGCUCUGA